GAAAUUGACAUUCAUUUUUAACUACUUCAUUGCCAAAUUCUUGUUGGUGUGGGCUGGUUCCAUGACGAAUGGUCUAAACCUGUUUUUCCCACCCACAGCAUCCAAGAAAGUUGGAGGCACUCUGCUUUAAUGAUACCCAGUCUGAAGAAGUCCAUAAGGAAAGUCUGAGGUUUUACAUUUCUCCUGGCGGUAUAGGAAGAAAGGUUAAGACCAGAGCAGUUUCAUUCAGCGAAAUAACAUCUCUUUUAUGAACAUCUCCCUCACUGGGCGGUAUUUUAAAUGCAAAGACUCAGGCAAUUAUAAUUUACUGGCAAGCGUCUGAGCCAUUCCAAAAAGAAGAAAAAAAAGCGAGAGACUGUGCUAUGGAACUACUGCUGUGAUGGUGCCUUAGAGCACAGAGAAAGGGAAUACUUAUACGAUUUAAUGCAUGACUGUCUGAAACAUGGAAGGACCACUUUUUAAAAGAUUUUUUAAGGAAUGAAGAUAUUUAUACUUGGCAAUGGGCAACCAGUUUCAUCUAGACAAGUCAGCAUGCAAUAGCAUGACACAGGCAUCUAAAAUGCUUUCCUCUCACUCCAAAGCGAUAAUGAGAUGCUGUUGAAAAGAUUAUAAAAAAGGGAAAAAACUGACAUGCCUAUUAGACAUGAUCAUGAGAGAGGAAGUUUCUUUCACUCCUCUCUUAGGAUGGAACGACAAGGCAGUACCAGUAAAAAAAGCAAGAAGACCAAAAAUCUCCGCUCUAUCUCAAAGUCUUUGAUGCUCUGCAAUGCCAAGAACAGCGAUGAUGGGUCAAGUCUGGAGGAUAAAUACACAGAAAUAACCGAGAUUUCACACUCUAGUAUACGAGAAUCUGAGUCACUGGCAGCUGAUGCUUUGCAAAUUACUAACUCUAUUCAAGAUCCAAUGAUCAGGAAAAUUAUUCUGUCAAAAUCUGCUUCCAGUGAAAGAACUUCAUGUAAAUCAUCUUUUAAGGAACCAACUUUUGAUGCCUUUGUUGACAAUGAAUAUACACCGGAAAACCAUUGUUUACUGCAGAUGAAGGCGCCAUGUUUCAGGAUACGAAGCAACUCUACAACUGUUAACCCAUAUUGGAUUGGUGAAAUAGACCCUCCAGUACCUAAGAAACCUGCUCUCUUCGAAGAAAGACAACCCCUGUGUAAUAAUCGCAAGUCACUAUCUCAGCAGUUGGACUGCCCAACAGGGCCUGUACAGGCUGUCACCAGAUCGUCACGGUCUCUGAGCUCGGCACACUUAGUGAACAUGCGAAGUCAUUCACAGGCUUCUGUAAUUUCCAAUAUCAUUUUGAUGAAAGGUCAGGGUAAGGGUUUAGGCUUCAGUAUUGUUGGAGGAAAGGAUAGUAUAUACGGACCAGUUGGCAUCUACGUGAAAACGAUAUUUCCAGAUGGAGCAGCUGCGGCUGAUGGGAGGUUGCAAGAAGGGGAUGAAAUUCUGGAACUUAAUGGAGAGUCAAUGUUUGGCCUUACUCAUCAAGAUGCUUUACAAAAAUUUAAGCAAGUAAAGAAAGGAGUGAUCACUCUAACAGUAAGGACAGGUCUCAGCGCUCCAGAUAUGAAGGCUGGCCACAUCACAUCCCAGAUGUCUCGCUCUAAAAGUUCCAGUACUUGUGCAGUGAAAGAACACUGUCCCAUCAUUCAGUCAGAAAGCCCUGUCUUCAUGCUUAGCACCAAUAACCCCAAUGACCGAGUACUAAUAGAGGUGACAUUACACAAAGAGUCAGGUGUUGGUUUGGGGAUAGGGUUGUGCAGUGUCCCACAAUGUGGUGGUAUCUCUGGAGUAUUUAUCCAUACACUAUCUCCAGGCUCUGUGGCUCACAUGGAUGGACGGCUCAGAGGAGGCGAUGAAAUUGUGGAAAUAAAUGAGAUCUCUGUCAGUAACAAGUCACUAAAUGAAGUGUAUGCACUCCUAAGUCAAUGCAGCCCUGGAGCAGUCACUAUCCUCAUCAGCCGACAUCCUGACCCACAGAUCUCUGAACAGCAACUCAAACAAGCUGUCUCUAAAGUAAUAGAAAAGGAAUAUCCACAAUGGAAUUUAGAAGGUGACAAAAAGAUGGCUUCUUGCUGUCAUGGUAAAUAUCACUGUGAGAGCUGCAUCGAGAAGCACGCCGCAUACCUAUAUGAAAGUAGGAGAGCGCAGAGGCAAAUGGUUCGCUCUAGCAGCGACAGCAAUUAUAACCCCAGACCACACUGCGAUAAUUUGGACUCCUUACAGCUGCACGAUUUAAAAAGCAAGGUCCACAGUGUGGAUGCUCCUAUUAGAAAAGAACCCACUUUGCUGCAUUAUUCCUCACCGGUAAAGCGGGAACAUUAUUCACCUGUUGGCAAUGAGUCGCUGACCAUAACACAAGACUGCUGUAAGAAACCUAGCAGGAAUUCUGGAGAAAUACUUGUAAAGAAAUUAAGGACAUCUAAACCUAUACCGCCUCCCAGGAAAUAUUAUAAAGAAGAUGCAAAGGAGGAUGAAGCAGGAAACUUGCAGCUAAAGGGAAACCAACAAAUUACAGCCAACAAGUCAUUAGAUACAUCUUUAUACCCCAGUGAGAACUCACAAACAGCAGCUUCUGAGCAUGAAAAUCGCACAUCUGCAGGAAAUCCUAUCAUAUCACAACACAGACCAUUGCUUAGAAGACAAGCACAAGUUGAGUACUGCUUUGAUCCAACAGUAGAAGAUCCGUGGAUCCGAAUUUCUGAUUGUAUUAAAAACGUAUUCAGCCCCAUUAUAAGCGAGGACCGCACUCUAAUGGAUCUUGAAGGUGGUAUCAGCACAGAAAAUGAUAAUACAGCAAAUUCCCCCACAGAGCAAGUUAGACAGCUUUCUCAAUGUGAGGAAACCGGUUCCCAAACCUGCAAACCAGAAGACAUAAACAACUUGAAAAAGGGUCCUCCCGUGGCACCAAAGCCAGCUUGGUUCCGCCAGAGCCUGAAGGGAUCUAAGGAUGUUGAAAGAAAAUCAUUUGAUAACUCUUAUCUGGCAAAACCCAAAGAGCUGAAUAAUACUUUCAAUGUACCAAAUAUCUCCACCAGAUCAUCAAUAAAACAAAGAAUCAGUUCUUUUGAAACUUUUAGCACACCACAGUUCCCUGGAAAAGGGAAUGAUAAACUAAACAUCAAACCUCAAACAUCGCAAAGAAACUCUGCUCACACAAAUGAAGUUGAAUGUGUUACAGUUGGUUUCAAGAAGAUUAAUAUGAACACUGUUGAAAGUCCAGUGCAAGAAAAGAGUAUCCCCCUAGUAGAUCACUCCAAAGCUCUGGAGAAGAAUGAGCUGGAGCUUCCUCAGUCUCCACCAAGACCAAUUUGUAUGAGUAUGAGAAGAAGCAGUAGUACGAGUAAUGAACCAAAGUACUAUUCCUCCUGUAUAGAAUUGACUGAGCCUAUACCGUAUAAGGCUCCUAGUCAGAGAUCUAAAAGCUACCCACUGACAACCUCUACAUUGUCUGAUAUCACCACGUUGAGUGAAAAUUGUAACAAGUUAUAUUCCAUCAGCGAUCAGGUGUCUUCUGCUUUGAUGAAGUCCUUUCUAAUUUUUCCUCAGUCUCCACAGUCUCAGGCAUUUGAAUCAUGGCAAGGUGACAUAGCUACAACAGAUGAGUUCCAAUGUAGCCCAUCAACUGAAAACUCCCACACAGACUCUGGGUUUUCUGUGAACCUUUCAGAGUUAAGGGAAUAUGGAACAGGUCAACCCAACAAAAAGGAAGAAUAUGUUGCAGAACAUCCUCCCACCCUAUCAUCAGCUGCAACAUCUGCUGGUCAGUCUGUCAUAUCAUUACUUCCCCUUGAAGAGCUCACACGACUUGUGGAGGAAGUCAAAGGACUCGAUGAAGAAACACUAAAGCAAUUUGAUGAAAUUCAUGUUGUGGUCUUGCACAAGGAAGAAGGCACGGGCUUGGGAUUUAGUCUUGCUGGAGGGCUUGACCUAGAGAACAAAGCCAUCACAGUGCACAGGGUAUUCCCAAAUGGCCUGACUGCACAAGAAGGAACCAUUCAGAAAGGUGAUAAAGUCUUGUCUAUCAACGGGAAGUCUUUGAAGGGGCUUACUCACAACGAUGCGCUGGGGAUAUUACGCCAGGCACGUCACCCAAAACAAGCGGUUAUAGUUAUAAGGAAAGAAAAAGAUGGAGUGCAAAGUCUGGACUCUUCUGAAUCUGCUAUCUGCCAUGUGACUAACAACCCCAUGGUCUCAAAUUCCGAUGAUGCAGGAAACAUAGUGACAGUUACCCUUGAAAAGUCACUGGCUGGUUUAGGAUUCAGUCUGGAUGGAGGAAAAGGCUCUGUUCGUGGUGACAAGCCAAUAAUCAUCAACAGAAUCUUUAAAGGUGUAUCAGAAAAGAACAGUGCCGUGCAAUCUGGUGAUGAGCUACUCCAGCUGGGAAACAUCAGUUUACAGGGUCUGACGCGGUUUGAAGCCUGGACUGCCAUUAAAUCUCUGCCUAAUGGACCUGUCCAGGCUGUCAUUAGAAGAACCUACAGUAAUGUUAUAAACCAAUAAGUAGUGGCAUUUGAUAGCUCAUCAGAAUUAUGCUCAACAGAAUGUGUUACUAUCGCAUCCAUUUGUAACAGUUACAUCUUAAGGCUGGUCUUUGGCCUGAAAUACCUGUAAGGUGGCUGAUUAGCACUAAAGGAAUAUGCUAUGGUGGAUAUGAUAUGACUCCAUGCCAUAGACUACUGUAUAUAAUCAACAACAGUGUGUAUUUAGGGAAAGGCAAACAAAGGGUAAACCCACUCCAUUGACAUCAUUGAAUUGAAAUGAUUCUCCACCUCCGGUACACACAGCAGUAUUCGCUAAUCCUGGUCUCCUGGUUCAUGAUGCCAGUCAUCCCCUGCUUAUUUUAAGAUACUGUUAGAUUUUCACAGCUGUUUAUGGGCGACAAGGUUUAUUUACUAAAGAGAGUAGGUGGGAUACUCUGAAGGAGAGAUGUGGUUUUAAUUCUUCUCACUUCACUAUUCUUUAUGAAGGAAGACAUAUUCUGGCAUGGGAGGGCAGGGGGGCACCAGGAGCCAGAUUCGACGACUUUGGCAGUCAGGCCCUUGCUGUGUCUCUCCUCAGUUACAAGGGAAAUUCCUGAACCUUGCUGGGUUUGGAUCUUCAUAACAUAUAGUAAAGUCAGGAAGCUGAAACGCAACUAUCCUGCAAAGUCUCCUUUAGUUAAAUAAAAA